AUCUCAAUUAGAGUCAGUCACUCUGCAUUUGCUCGAAAUAUUCUUGCUAAAGGAUUCAAGACAGGAUCAAGGUCAUUAUAAAGUCCCAGAAAAGUCAAGAUGCCAGAUGCUGCUGGUCACUUGCCCUUUUACUAUGGCAGUAUAUCUCGUGCUGAUGCAGAGGAAUAUCUCAAACUAGGUGGAAUGAUGGAUGGGCUUUUCUUGCUGAGGCAAUGCCUACGGACUCUAGGUGGCUAUGUGCUUUCUAUGGUAUACAACCUGCACUUUCACCAUUACCCUGUGGAACGACAACUGAAUGGCACUUAUGCUAUAGCAGGAGGAAAAGCUCACUGUGGCCCAGCCGAACUAUGUGAAUACUACUCUAAAGAUGCAGAUGGAUUGUGCUGUACCCUGCGGCGGCCAUGUAACCGGCCAGCUGGUGUGGAGUGCCAGGCAGGAGUGUUUGAUAAUAUGCGGGAUAACAUGAUGAGAGAAUAUGUAAGGCAGACAUGGAAGCUAGAGGGGGAUGCCCUGGAACAGGCAAUAAUUAGCCAGGCCCCACAAGUUGAAAAGCUCAUAGCCACUACUGCCCAUGAGAGGAUGGCCUGGUAUCAUGGAACUAUUUCCAGGGAUGAAGCAGAACGCAAACUGUACUCAGGAGCACAACCUGAUGGCAAAUUUCUUAUGAGGGAGAGGAAGGAAAACGGGACCUAUGCUCUUUCUGUAAUGUAUGGCAAAACUGUUUAUCAUUAUAAGAUAGAUCAAGACAAAUCUGGAAAAUAUUCAAUUCCUGAGGGCACUAAGUUUGACACCCUAUGGCAACUUGUGGAGUACCUAAAACUCAAGUCUGAUGGAAUUAUGGCUGUCUUAAAGGAAUCCUGUCCUAAUUCCUGCACAUUUUCAAUAGCACCAGCUGCCGCACCACCUUCCCUUCCUAAAAUUAGGCAGGCGGCAUCCAACUCUGAUGGUUACACCCCCGAACCUUUCAUUGGAAAGUCCCGAAUAUUGCCAAUGGACACCAGUGUGUACGAGAGUCCUUACAGUGACCCAGAGGAGUUAAAGGAACGAAAGCUAUUUGUUAAAAGAGAACUCCUUUUGAUAGAUGAAGUGGAAUUAGGCUCUGGGAACUUUGGAUGUGUUAAGAAGGGUGUCUAUAAGCUAAAGAAACGUCAGAUUGAUGUAGCGAUAAAGGUGCUGAAAGUACAGGAUGAAAAAAACGUUAGAGAUGAAAUGAUGAAAGAAGCUGAAAUCAUGCAUCAACUGGACAAUCCUUAUAUUGUGAGGAUGAUAGGAGUGUGUGAGGCAGAGAACCUUAUGCUAGUCAUGGAAAUGGCAUCAGGGGGGCCCCUUAACAAGUUCCUGGGAGCUAAGAAGGAUGUAAUACCUAUGAGUAAUAUAGUAGAGCUCAUGCACCAGGUAUCCAUUGGAAUGAAAUACCUUGAAGGAAAGAAUUUUGUGCAUCGUGAUCUUGCAGCUCGUAAUGUUCUCAUGGUCAACCAACAUUAUGCCAAAAUCAGUGACUUUGGACUUUCAAAAGCUCUUGCAGCUGAUGAUAGCUAUUACAAGGCUAAGUCCUUUGGAAAGUGGCCGCUGAAGUGGUACGCACCAGAGUGCAUCAACUACCGCAAGUUUUCAAGUCGUAGUGAUGUGUGGAGCUAUGGUAUAACCAUGUGGGAAGCUUUUACCUAUGGGCAAAAGCCCUAUAAGAAACUCAAGGGAACAGAAGUAAUGAGUUUCAUUGAGAGAAAUGAGCGUCUGGCCUGCCCUGCAGGCUGCCCACCUGAGAUGUAUCAAGUUAUGUUGGAUUGCUGGAUAUUCAAGAUGGAGGACCGCCCUAAUUUUGAUAAUGUGGAAUACCGUAUGCGCAUGUAUUACUAUAGCAUUGCUGACAAACCAGACAAAGAAGGCAAAGAAGCAGCAGCAGCAGCAGAAGCAUCUGGAAAAGUGUGAAGCAAUAAUGCUUGCUUGGGAGUUUUUGUCUAUUUGUCACUGAAGAACAGUCUUUGGAGCACUUAUGGAACAAUUCAAACUGCUAUUUUGUGUCUGUGUGUGGGAGGGGGUAUUUUUCUCUUAGUAACACACAUUGUAAAAUAGGGUUGCCUAUCCUGUUUUCACCCAGACAGCCCGUUUUUUUGAAGGGCUGUCCAAGUGAAAUCUGCCUGUUCGGACUUUCAACUGCCUGUCCUUAAAGUAAUAAUAAAACCUAUGCAUAGGAUUCAUUGCACCAGACCCAAGAUUUAGCAACCCUAAUAGGGUCUAUGCCCCUAGAUUUGCUGCUGAGGAUCCUGACUUUUUUUUUUUUUGUAGCCCUUUAUGCUUAUCAGUUUAGGGACUAAGAUUAAAUGUACCUACUGUAUAUGAAUUGCAAAUUAUAUCAAACAGGAUAAAACUGUUUUUUUAUUUACAUUUUAUUUCUUGGUUGCUUGGUUGGUAAAAAUGAAUGCCUAAAAAGUCUCGUUUUCAAAUGCAGUAGAUUUAAAAUCUUUACCAUAAGAAAAACAUUUUCAUAAUAAAAGAAAAAUCAUUACAGAGGCCAAACAUCAAAGUAAAUAGAAAGAUAUCAUUUUAAACCAAGCUUUUCACAACAGUAAAUAAAGACAGAAAGAAAAGUAA